AUGGCGGUUUCGAAGCCACCAACCGCGCCAUCAGGCCCUGAGCAUGGCGUUCAGACUCUUCCCCUUAUUCUUAACAUCGCAGCUCACUUGGUUCAACAACCAUGCCCAUUGUCCCCAGAUCAGUUAGUACGUUACCCGUUUGUCCCUCUUGAUACCAGAGGCAAGCUCAGCCAUAUGUGCUAUACAGCGGAACGUACUAGUCCUUACCAUCGUCGAUCACCACGAGAACACCAAUCUCCAUCUUUGUCUCUUUUGCUCCGAUCCCUGAACAAUCAUGGGCCGCUUGCAAAUGCUUCAGGCUUGGCCCUUGCUCCAAGAGCCGUUGGACCUGGCUUAGACGAGGGCACCUCUAAAAGCUCCCAAAGCCUGCCCAACAUAUUGGCAAGGCCAUCAUCACCUAACGGGUUAUUCACCCCAGGUUCCCAGGGUCAGACUCCAGAACCCAAUUGUAAUGAUUCCCAAUCGGCUGUCCUUGGCGAUGAGCCAGAUGAUGGUGGCAUAUCAGACAUGACACGUCCUCUGACCAUUGCUGAACAAACCUUCUUGCAAGGGUUGUGCACCAAGUAUGGUUUCGACGAAAUGCAUCAGGAAUACGUCCAGACUCUAACACAGGUCAUGGGUCUUUGUCAACGGCAUAUUGCCCUUAUCAGCUCUCAUAUGGCUUUGCUCAUGGAGCAAAGCAAGCUUUCUAACGUGGUGACCGGCCUUGUGGAAACUGUAGCAGGCCUUGCUGACAACAUACGGACGCCCCCCAUGAGUUCUGGCUCUGCCAACGCCGCGCCUGCUCAUGUUGCGACUCCGGAGUCAGCGGCCAGCACCACCGAGAUUGAGGCCACCACGCCAUGGAGCGCCUUGUCAAUGCUACUGGUUCAUGAGGACCAUUGUAACAGACUGAAAUUGGCCGCAAACCUGCGGCCUGGAAGGACAAACACCUGCCACGCAAGGUCCAUGGAGUAUCCGAUUCCCGGGGUGUCAAGCAAUACGGUUCUGACAUCAAGAAUGCAUGCAACCACACCCAAGAAAAGAUGCAUCAGUCGCCGCCGUCAUCGACACCAAGCCCGUUCCACAUCUGAAGGAUCUCAUGUCCAUAAUUACCAGAUUGCCCAUAAAUGUGGAACAACUGGUACCCAUGGAGGCGUUGAAGCGUUAUGGGAGGCCACUGAUCAACCUACCCGUGCGCGGGUAGCUUACCUUUCCGGCUCAGUUGUGUAUCUGCCUCCAAUGAAGCACCGAGAGGCACUCCGCAUCUUCCAGAUCGGGAAGGGAUCCAGUUCGAUAUGGGCGGCUGUUGACACCCAGCUUGAAAAGCUUUGGCGCGAGGAACGCAGUCGCAUCACUAAUGAUGGUUAUACUUCUGGAGAUUACACUGCCGCGUUAUAUAUGACCAAGACCUUAUUUCAAGACAUGAUUAAAAUGUUCUCCUUUGAAUUGCCAUCCAAAAUGAAAAUUGAAGCAGGGAUAUUACCAACGGCCAACGUCAAUACAGUCAAGCUUAAUGAAGAACUCAUCAUGGAUACCUGA